AUGCCGGAUAUCGGAACCACGCCGUACCAAAUGAAGGACGAUUUACCCGCCAAAGGGCCGGAAUUUGACUUGAGCCAGAAAAAGCAACCGCAACCGUAUUUCGGCGCGAACGACGAGAACAAAGAGGCGACAACAGAAAUUGACAUGUCGCCAGCAAUGUUCGACAAACUGAUCACUAUUUUCCGAAGUAAAGACGAGGACGAAUGGAUUGGCCUUUUGGCGAGCUCGGAGAAAUGGUACGAUUUGUGCGACGGUUUAUUCGCGAGGAUCGAAGAGCGAGUCGAAAAAGUGGACGAAGAUCCCGCGGUGAAGAACAGGGACGAGGAGGAGUUGUUGUUGGCGAGAUUGCUGAGGAAGUUGAAAGAGACGCACGCGAGAUGCACGAGUUAUCGAGAUUUGUUGCAGGAACUGUUGGAAAAAGACGACGACGUGUUGGAAGGUUUCGUCCCUUCGCGACGAGGCGAGUUUACGGCGGAAUUUUUUAGCUACGUGACGCACAAAAUCGAAAGAGCGCACGAAAUGAAAGAUGUAGAGUUAACGGCGAAUUUAGCGAGAAUUGCUUCGAGAGUUUUAGGUAUCGUCGAACAGUUCGACGAAGCUUCGAGAGACCAGCAACUCUUGGACACCGCGGCGGAGAAUUUCCAAGAACUCCUCAAAGUUGAAACCAUCCAGGACAUGGACGCGAAAAUCGACGAACUCGCCUCCACGGGUAAACUCGACCCGGCGUUGAUGCUCACCGCUGCCAAAGCGUACAUGUCUGUCAAGGAAUCCCCGUACGUCGAAGAGGAAGUGAAAGACGUCAUGGUCCAUCUCUAUUCAAAAAUGCGCGACACCGUCGGACGACAACAACCGAAAGAAGUCCGCAUCCUCAAACUCGUCCUCAGCGUCGACGACCCGAUCGAACAAAGAAACAUGCUCGAACAAGCGUUCACGCCAGGACCUGAACUCGAAAACGUCGACGGCAACGAAGACAUGCUCUGGUGCGCGCCGGAAAGCAUGCUCCAAACCAUCGACGUCAUUCUCAAAACGAGAGAACAAUCCGUCGUGAAGACUUCCUUGGGAGGCGACGCCGCGAGGAUGAUGACCCCGGAAAUCAUCGAGAGAAUGCAAGGCUUGAAGAAUUUAAUCGAAGAUCAGUUCAUUUAA